AGUUUCCUUUGUAAACUUCCGCCCCUCAGGCCCCUCCUCCCAACUAGUUUGGCCCUUCCGGACUACCGUAGCUCACAAACUCUUACACUGAAGCCAUUGGCAGGAAAUUUAAACUUGAUUCAUUGGUCGUUUCAGACAAACAACGUUAGGCUCUCCUAGAAUUCAUCCUUCUGAAGUAAUCUUUUUGUUGAGGAUUCUGCUGGCCUGGCCCAACCUGCCCUUCUCUGCUAAAAUGGCUGACUGGGAACUUUGCCAUUGGCAAAAUCUUGCUAGACUAGAUGGCAAAAACCAGAACAGCCAAACAAAACCAACAAUGAAACGAGAGGAGGCUGCAAGUUCAGCAAGGAAUCGUCCUUUGGUUGGGAAAUCUUUCUACUUGGACCUCUCCAGUGGCAAGACUUUGGAAUUUCUGGCAGAGAGUGUGAGGCGACUUGGUGGGGUUAUUGAGAGUUUUCUGAGCAAAGAAGUGAGUUGCAUUGUCUCCAGCAACCGAGAGGCCAGGCAGGAGAGACUAUGGACGGACAAGCAAAGUUGUUCUGCGUUAAGUAAUGCUCAAGCCGGAUCUCGUCCCUCUGCAGGGCUCCAAAGGAGUUGCAGCGGUCCCUUGCAUAAGCCGGUAGACACUGCCCUCAUCAGUCGCGGGAAGAAGCUCCUGAAUAAAGCCAUCAGGAGUCAGGAUAGCACCUGUGGCAACAGCAUCCUUGCCAGGGCACAAUCCUGGGGAGUACAAAUUAUGUACAUAGAUGAAAUGUUGUCCUACAUACAACGGUUAUCCAAGAGGCAGCCUUCCAUGACAAAGGUGAAAUUGCUUGCCUCUGGGUUACAGCCUUUGAAAGUAGUGAGGCUGAAACCUCCAUUCCUAAAAAUUGAAGAUGGGAGCAGGCAACUCCGUCCAUUCUUUCAACAGUUCAAGAACUUUCCUCAACUGUAUUUCCUGCCGCUAAGAAGGCAUAGCCCUUUUGAACCCCCACGAACAUCUUCCAGCCCAAAAGCACCUGAAAACAAACAGUCACUCAGUGAACUUUGCCUGCCCUCUGUUUGCUGUAUCCUGCCCAAAGCACAGAAAGGUUACUGUGAAUGUUGUGAAGAAGCCUUCACAGAGCUUCAGAAGCACCUUCAAAGCCAAAAGCAUAAGGAAUUUGUGCUGGAUUCCUCCCACUUCACUCUCGUGGAUAGCAUCAUCUCUCAACUGACCAAUGACUUUGUAGUCUCCUCCUUUCCAACACUGAGGAUGUCUUCAGCUACUGGUAAUGGUGACCUUGUUGGAUUUCACCUGGAGGCUGCUGAGAACACAGCAGCAGCACCUUCAGGUCAAGAAGUGGAAUGCUGCUUGUCUGCUGAAGACUCACUAGGACAGCCUGUCAACCCAGAGGGUUCAGCUCACUUGUGUGAGGACCAAGGCUUUCAGCAGUUAACAGAGCUACCCCGAGAGAUGCUCAUCACUUCUGUGCCACUUGCCUUGCAAUCUCUGGGGUCAGCAUCUGAGCUCCUCAAAGAGGGCAGAAUGGUUGCAAACCCUCGCUCAAAGUCUGCAAUCCCUGUUCAGGUUGAACAUGGUGCUGCACCCCAACAGACGAGACUCAUAGCACAGCCUGCUGUACUGUCUCGCAAACGCAAGCUCUCCUGUGACCUGUAUGGGCCGACAAGAAAGAGGCAAGCAUUAGCCAAACAAGCCUCAAAUGACAGGUUGCCAGCAACAAUUCAAAGAAGAACAAAAAGAAGAAAGCGAGGAAAGGACCAGACUUUCAAUGCAAAGCCAAAAAAGAAGAAAGGGCAUCAAGAUCCGUCUUCCUCACAUGCUGUGCCAAUUGGUGCUGCCAACCCUGAUUCCGAUUAUGAAGGCAUUAUGAGCUGCCCGCUACAAAACUGGGUGUUGACAACCUUCCUGUCUCUGCUGCUUUGUCAUUCAGGUUUUGUUAAGGCCGACACGCAACCUGGUGACUUGCGGAGGUGGAUCCCGAAUGCCAGCUGGCGCAAAAGAUGGGGCGUAUCGGAAAUCACCUACCCCACCAGGCUAGUGGGUCAGAGUUCUGGGGGAGAAAUCCAGAGGCAGCAGCUGGACACCAGGGUGAGAAAAGAGCCUGGAGGCGGCAGCAGCAGCGAAAGAGGCGGCGGCGGAAAAGAAGGAAGCCCUGUUAUACAUCUGGCCCAGGUGAGUUUCCUCAUCCAUGCCUUUGGCUCAGCCUUCACCUUGGACCUUGAGUUGAAUCACCACCUGCUGUCUUCGCAUUAUGUGGAACGCCAUUUUGGACAGGAUGGAAAUGCCAGCCACAGCAUGGGAGCCGGCGAGCAUUGUUACUAUCACGGCAGUCUCCGUGAGGAAGUGAACUCUUUUGCGGCUCUCUCCACCUGCCACGGCCUCCAUGGUGUGUUCUCUGAUGGAAAGGGCAUGUACCUUCUGGAGCCUCACAAUUCACCUGAGCGUCAAGAGGAGCCACUUCCUCACCUGAUCUACCAGACACCUGUGCCUCACACUGCCCAGGGUUGCACAGAACCAGGGUGUUUAUUUGCUGCACUGAACGACUACAUUCCUUCUGGGCUCCCUAAACUGCGACGCCGGAGGCAGAUUCACCGAAGUCACCGGACUGUCCACAGUGAGACCAAAUUCAUUGAACUCAUUGUAGUUAACGACCACCAGCUGUUUGAGCAGCUGCGCCGCUCUGUUGUCCUUACCAGCAACUUUGCAAAGUCUGUGGUGAACCUUGCUGAUGUGAUCUAUAAGGAGCAGUUGAACACAAGAAUUGUGCUGGUUGCCAUGGAGACAUGGGCAUCAGGGGACAAGAUCCAGGUAGAUGAAGAUUCCCUGGAGACACUGGGCGAAUUCAUGAAGUAUCGCCAGGAUGCUCUUUCUGAGAACAGUGAUGCUGUACAUCUCUUCUCUGGACACACUUUCAGAAGCAGCCGCAGUGGUACGGCUUACAUUGGAGGGAUCUGCUCAGUUGCCCGAGGUGGAGGUGUCAAUGAGUAUGGCAACGUGGGAGCAAUGGCUGUAACAUUAGCACAGACCCUGGGGCAAAACAUUGGUAUGAUGUGGAACAAGCACCGUGCCUCUGCAGGGGACUGUCGCUGCCCUGACUCAUGGCUGGGCUGUAUUAUGGAGGACACUGGAUUCUACCUGCCAAGGAAGUUCUCACGCUGCAGCAUUGAUGAAUACAAUAAGUUCCUGGCUGAAGGCGGUGGGAGUUGUCUUUUUAACAAGCCACUGAAGCUUCUUGAUCCCCCUGAAUGUGGUAAUGGAUUUGUAGAGGCAGGAGAAGAAUGUGACUGCGGGUCCUUGGCGGAGUGCUCCAAGGGUGGGGGAAACUGCUGCAAGAAAUGCACGCUUACGCAUGAUGCCAUGUGCAGUGAUGGAUUGUGCUGCCGAGGGUGCAAGUAUGAACCACGGGGAGUGACCUGCCGAGAUCCUGUGAAUGAGUGUGACAUCCCUGAAACCUGCACAGGCGACUCCAGUCAGUGUCCACCCAAUUUGCACAAGCAGGAUGGCUACUUUUGUGACAAUGAGCAGGGCCGGUGCUAUGGAGGCCGCUGUAAGACCAGGGACCGCCAAUGCAGUACAUUGUGGGAUCGUACUUCAGCUGAAAGGUUUUGCUAUGAGAAGCUGAACGUUGAAGGCACUGAGCGAGGGAACUGUGGGCGUGAGGGGAACCGCUGGGUGCCAUGCGUCAAGCAGGAUGUGUUGUGUGGAUACCUCCUGUGCGCCAAUGUGACGAGUUCUCCACGUAUUGGCGAACUGCUUGGCGAAAUCACCACCAUGACUUUCUACCACCAGAAGCGUUAUGUUGACUGCAGGGGCGGCCAUGUGCAACUUGUGGAUGGCACGGAUGUGAGCUACGUGGAAGAUGGGACGCCCUGUGGACCCAGCAUGCUGUGUCUUGAUCACAAAUGCCUUCCUGUGUCCGCCUUUAACUUCAGCACCUGUCCAGGCAGCUGGGGUGGCCAGAUCUGCUUUGACCAUGGGAUCUGUAGCAAUGAGGGCCAAUGCAUCUGCUAUCCUGACUGGACAGGAAAGGACUGCAGUGUCUAUGAUCCGAUCCCAGAGACUAAGCCCACAGGGGAGACAGAAAAGUAUAAAGGUCCCAGCGGCACCAACAUCAUUAUUGGCUCCAUCGCUGGAGCCAUCCUGGUGGCUGCUAUCGUCCUUGGCGGCACUGGAUGGGGAUUUAAGAACAUUCGCAGAGGAAGGUACGACCAAGCUCAGCAGGGCGUGUAGCAUCUCCCCUCACCACCACUGCCCCCUCCAUCACCCAUCACCUCCAUCCCACCCUCCUUGUCGCCUUCACCCUGCACUCCAUGCUUGCAAUGAUAAUGUGGGUGGCAGGGCCAGCUGUCUUGCGGAGGCCCCUCUCAGCAAAGAGGAUCUCAUCUGUGCCGUCGCUUCUCUCCAUGCAUCCAUCCAUCCAUGGCAACAUCAGCAACACUUCGCUCCCCAUUUCUUCCGUUGUAUGUGGGAGGAGGGUGUUUGGGGAAUGAGCAAAUGGCAUCCGGGGAUUUUCCUCCUAGGAUUGUAAGGAUUGAGCCAUCUAGCCUGGCAACAGGCCCUGUGUUCAUUUAUUGGAUGGCAAGAUCCAUGAUGUUAACCUUGUCUCCCAGUUUCUGAGGCUCAGUUCUUGACGUGUUACUUUUUUGUAUAUAUAGUAAAGUCAAUGGGUUAGGAUUUUA